AUGGCCAUGAUUCUGUUGAUGGUGUGCUUGGUGGAACAGGAUUCGCGGACGGGGAAGACUCUUUUCCGGGGCACAAGUAAUCUUGGUCUCUACUCUCUUCCAUCUAGCAUGUCAUCUCAUGGUCGUAUUGCAUAUCUUGGUGUUCGUGUUGCUGGUCCUAUUUGGCAUUCGCGCCUUGGAAAGAGUGUUAAGCUACCGUUUCAGUCUUCUUUGUCUGUUACGCAUGCUUCUCUUGCACUCAUUCACUCUGAUUGUUUGGGUCUCUUCCCAACUAGCAGGCUGCCUCGCAGCCCUAAGGCUACCACAUUGUCACGCCCACCUCUCCCAACCCAUCCUCACCUUUACCCAAUACCACCAAUCCUCCCACAGCCGUUGCCUCCCAAACAACCCAACACUCCCCACCUAGUUCUCUCCAAGUUUACCGUCGCACCCCACAUAGGACCAUCCUCACUUUUCCCUCUCCUAACCCUGACCCUGUUUUACCAAGUUCCUCAAGACACUCAUCACCUUCGGCCACUUCUCGGUCAUGCUAAUAAAUUUCAGGAAUGGCGCACUGCUAUGGGAGAAGAAUUUAAUGCUCUUCAACGAGCCGGUACUGGGGUCCUAGUUCCUCCAAAGCCCACCUUGAAUGUUUUGCCAAAUAAGUGGGUGUUUCGCAUCAAACGCAAUUCUGAUGGCUCCGUUCAACGUUACAAGGCCUGUUUAGUGGCUAAUGGUUUUCAUCAGCAAGAAGGGUUGGAUUAUGGCGAGACAUUUAGCCCAGUUGUGAAUCAUUCCACCAUCCUUAUCUUAGCCUUAUCUAUUAAAUUUCAAUGGCCCGUUUGUCAGUUGGACGUUCAUAAUGCUUUCCUCCACGGCUAUCUAGAUGAGGAGGCAAUGACCCGGCCUACAUCUCCACACUCAUUCAAGACUUGA